AAAAAGAGGUCACAAAACAAGGUGGUCAACGGGAAGCCGUAGGGCUUCCGAACGGCAAAGAAAAACAGAGAGCCUUGGAAGUUUCUGGUCAUUUGGCAGUAAAGCUUUGCAUCCAUGGCUGCUUUUUUCUACUACUUUCUAGCAUUCUUAGUCCUUUACGUUUUCACAAAACACUUUCUCCACAAAAUCCGAAACCUCCCACCAAAUCCGUUUCCAUGUCUACCCAUCAUCGGCCAUCUCUACCUCUUGAAGAAGCCUCUGUUCCAAACCCUGGCCGAAAUUGCCCACCGUAAUGGCUCCAUAUUCUUUCUCCAAUUGGGAAGUCGCCCGGUCAUCGUCGUUUCAUCCCCGUCAACUGCGGAAGAAUGCUUGAGCAAAAACGAUAUCAUCUUCGCCGGCCGCCCUCGGUUGAUGGUGGCAGAACACUUGGGCAACAACAGCAGAAACCUCGUCUGGUCUCCCUACGGCAACCACUGGCGAAGCCUUAGACGAAUUGCAUCCAUCGAGAUUCUAUCAACGUCCCGCCUCCAAAUGUUAUCGAGCAUACGCGUGGAUGAGGUUAGAUCACUUUUGCGCAAGCUCUUAGAUUUCGAAGACAAGCCGGUUGAAUUAAGAACAGUGCUGUUUGAGCUCACGCUCAACGUGAUGACGAGGAUGAUGGCAGGAAAGCGGUACUAUGGAGAGAACGUAGCAGAUGCGGAGGAGGCGAGAAGAUUUCGAGCGGCUCAGCUUGAGGCGAAUAAAGUGGCUUCUGCAACAAAUUACGGAGAUUUCUUGCCCUGGUUUAAAUCCAAGAAGCUAGAGAGGACCAUGAUCGAGUGUCAGAGAAACAGAGUUGGGUUUUUCCUAGAAUUAAUAAAUCAGAGUAGGAGAAAAACAAAGAUCAGUCGCAAUGAAGAGAGGAAGACGAUGAUUGAGGUAUUACUGUCGGUGCAGGAUUCAGAACCAGAGUAUUUCACCGAUGAGAUGAUUGCAAACAUCCUGCUUAAUCUAUUGAGUGGAGGAACCGAAACUACGAUAAGCACCAUGGAAUGGGCACUUUCACUUUUACUUAACCAUCCGGAAGUACUUCAACAGGCUCAAAAGGAAAUCGAGAACAUGGUGGGUCUUGACCGUCUAAUCGAGGAAGCUGAUGUGGCUAAUCUUCCAUAUCUCCGUGGCAUCAUAAGUGAAUCAAUGCGGAUGUAUCCUGCAGCUCCGCUGCUAGUGCCUCAUGAAUCAAUGGAGGAGUGCAAGGUAGGGGGAUACAAGAUACCUACCGGCACCUUACUGUUGGUGAACGUGUGGGCUAUACAAAAUGACCCCAAGGUUUGGGAGGACCCGAGAAAAUUCAAGCCUGAGAGAUUCGAAGGAAUGGAGGGAAUGGCAAAAGAUGGGUUCAGGUUGUUACCUUUUGGGUCGGGGAGGCGGGCAUGUCCCGGGGACGGAUUGGCGUUGAGGGUGGUCGGAUUGACGCUGGGGUCUUUGAUUCAAUGCUUUGAGUGGGAAAGAGUUGGGGAGGAGAUGGUUGAUAUGAGGGAAGGAACAGGGCUCACCAUGACUAAGGUCCUGCCCUUGCAAGCUAAAUGUCGCCCACGCGCUGCCAUGAUCAAGCUUCUUUCUCAAAUUUGAAAGCACUUGUUCCUUCUAAUUUGUGAAUUGAAAUAAAUGGAUUAAACUGUCGCAAAACCGUCAAGUGUCUUUUGUUUUAGAUUUUUUUGGGUUCCAUAGAAAAAAUUAAAAAUAUCACUCAUUG